CUCAGCCUCCAUGAAGCUCCUGCUACUCUGAUACGGAGACUUGCAGCCUGUUGUCUUGUCUUGCUUGUCCCUACUUCAUCCUCAUCCUCAUCCUCAUCCUCAUCCUCAUCCUCAUCCUCAGCAUCCCGUCGCUCUCAUUCUGUCCUCCUUCCCAUGUGUUCUUCGCUGAAUUAGAGCUUGUUCCUGUCUCUAUCAUCUUCUCAUCUUUACUUGGGGACUACGUAUGGAAUGCGUCCCAUCACUCUCUUGCCAACGAGAGCACUUUCAACCCUCGGAGCACAUGCUGCCGUCAUUAUUCCUGCUAGAAUGGCGUCUAAACGGUUUCCCGGCAAACCGCUUGCGUUGAUAGGAGGGAAACCGCUUGUUCAGAGGACACUGGAGAGAGUGAAGAGGGCUAGACAUGUUGAUGAAGUGUUUGUUGCCACCGACGAUCAGCGGAUUGCAAAUUUGAUUGAAGGGAUAGGUGCAAAAUGUAUCAUGACAAGCCAUGAGUGUGAGUCGGGGACUGAGAGAGUCAGGGAAGCUUCGCAGCAGCUGAGCGCGGAGUUUGACAUCAUCGUGAAUGUUCAGGGAGAUGAACCUCUGAUCGACCCCGCUCAUGUAGACAAACUAAUCACGCACAUGAAGAAAAACCAAGCAGACCUAGUCUCCACGUUGGCUUGUCCCAUACGCAGCAUGAAAGAUUUCAAGAGUCCAAAUGUUGUGAAAGUGGUGUUCGGGUUGCAAAAUCAAGCUCUGUACUUCAGCCGAUCCCCCAUCCCUUACUUGCCUUCAGAUUUCAAAGGGCCCGACGAGGAAAAGAGUCAAGAAAAUGCAAGCGAUCAGCAUCGCCCGUUCAAGCACCUAGGCAUCUAUGCAUUCAGGAGGAACUUUCUCGAGCUUU